AUGGCGAACAACAACCAGAAUGACGCGUCCGAUUCGGAGCCGCAUGAGCGCACCACCAUGCAGCAGGAGAAGGCCAUAUUGAAGAAGAAGCAAGACAAGCGCGAAGCCGGCCUCCAAUCGGCACGCUCAAGAUCAUCCUCGCGCCGCGCCCGCCGCCAGCGCAUCCAGAAAGGCAUGGAAGACGGGAAAUACAUGAAGACGACUUCUCUUGAAGCCCUCGAAGAGGCUGACGCCAACAAUGAACUCAACCAAAUGGGCAUGUUCGAGCGCAUCGGACCAGACAGCACCUCCAUGGACGGUCCCGUGACCCACGCCCGAGCUAUGCGCGGCGAGAUCCCAAUGCGCGGCACCGACCCCAACCAACCGUACCGUAUGGAGCCCGAGAAGAAAAAGGGCUCACUAGAAGACCAGGAUGGUUUGAAACUCACACUAGAAGCGAACCUCGAGAUAGAGAUUGAGCUCAAGGCCUCGAUCCGCGGCGACCUGACCCUUUCGUUAUACGGCGACAUGCUGCCUGAGAUAUCGCUGCCCAGUCUACCCAAGCUUCCCAAACUGCCCCAGCUACCCAAAGUAUCCAACAUCGCGAAGCUUGUCCCCAACACCCCGAAGCUUUCAAACGUCCUCUAUUCGUUUCCUAAUUCGGGUCUUAACAGUGAAUAGUGCAUGA